CGUUGUUGUUUCCUAUCCGCCAUCUUCUGUCGCCAUCUUCUGAUGAAUUUUUAUUGGGUUCGGGAUUUUUCCUAAAUUCAUGGAUUUGGAGACCACCUAGAACCUACCCUUUGUCCUACGGACAUUUAAUAUGAUGGCGACAGCAUGACGCAUGCAACGGUAGUGUCGAACGGCGCAAGUUUAGAGGACUGUCACACAAAUUUCUUCGCUUUGGCGGACUUGUGUGGCCUCAAAUGGCGUCGUCUGAGCACCGAGCACACGUCGUCGGCAGUCGGCGGUGGCGUGGAACCCCUGUCCGAGCCCGUGCUGUGGUCGUUUGCCAAGUGCCUCGCGGCCGACCUGCUGUGCGUCUGGCGCAGGGUGGCCCGGCCCGAGCAGCAGCAGCACCGGCGCGAGCUCUGGCUCUUCUGGUACGGCGAGGAGCCGGACCUGAGCGGCCUAGUCUCGCCCGAGCUGAACGACACAGAGCAAGGCAGCUGGGAAAAUGGCCUCUCCUACGAGUGUCGUUCCCUAUUGUUCAAGGCUCUACACAACCUUAUACAAAGGUGCCUAUUAUCAAGAGGAUUUACCAGGAUGGGCAAAUGGUUUCUUCAGCCCUGCGAUAGUGCAGACAAAGAUAGGGGGGGCUCCAGUGGAACACAGCUUUCAUUUUCAUUUCACUUCUUCGUACAUGGUGAUAGCACGGUGUGUGCCAGCGUUGAUGUGCGGCAACACCCACCCAUCCAUCGUAUCUCUAGACAGCACUUGUUGGCUGCACAGUCUGCCAGCCAAAGCCCGUGUAAAGUGAUUCUGGGACCCUAUGGCCUGGCUGGUGUGCUGACAGGCCAAGGAUUCAAGGAGAAUGACGUGUCCACCCAGACCUUGUUGGCUGAGUGGCACCAAUUCUACCCACUGCCUCUCCUCAACAACUCUGCCCAUCGGGGUGAUGCAACUCCCUCAACCGGAGACGAAGAACCCUUGCCGUGUGCCCUCGAGGUUCUUGUAGGUGGUGUCAAGCUGCGGUAUCCCUCGUCGUACGUGUUCGUUGCUGAGAGUGAUGAAGUGGUGCAGGGGCAGCAGACUGAGCCGUCUCAAGGUGCCACUCCUGCGACUCCUGCCCCAGCAGCAGCAAGUGGGCCGUUCGGUGCAGCGGGUGGCACACAUGGCAGUGCACCUCCCCGGCCGCACAAUUUUCCCGUCGGUGUCAAGCCUGGUAUUCCACCCGGUUUGACAGCUGUUCUGACGCCUCCUACAUCACCUUGUGAGCCAGGCUACCUCCAUAGUGCCAUGAUGGCAGCAAGGACUGCAAGUGGUGCCACUGGGACGUCACAGUCUUCACGGCCAGUGCGGUUGGCACCCCCAGAGCCGUCGACGGGACCUCACGUGGCUCCCUGUGCACUGGUUGCACAGAAGGCAAAAGUGGCUGCAUGGCAAGACUCUCUGCUGUCCAGGGCAUGUGACGAAGAGGCUGGCUCUGGCUGGGAUUUCUGCGACCCCUGUGGACAGACUCAUUGCUUCUGCUUUCGGUGCAACCGUGGCACUCGACCCUGUGUGGCCACCGCCACGUCAGGGUCUGGGAGUAUGGUCAGCCGGGGCCCGUCUCCAAGCCCAUCAGGAGGUGCCUCUGUCAAGAAGCCUGGUGUUGACAAGAGCCCCGCACAUUCCUCCCUCAGCAGCCAGGCAAAGCCAUCGCGAAGUGCCACUGGCAGCAACAGUGCUCCUUCCACACCGUUUCACCGGCGCAGCCCUGUGCCUGGGGUGGACUAUGAGGGGGCGGUGGCUCUGGUGUCCCGAGUGGCCAGCGGAGGCCUGCCCCAACUGUCCCAUCAGCCAGCAGUGGGGGGGCCCCCACCAUCGGUGGGGUCGUGCUCUCACCCAGGCACGCCACUGCUGCUCAGCGAAGGGCCUGCCUCACAGGCAUCUCAGGCAGACCCCGCCAUGCCCACUCUGUCCCCUCACCCGCCGCCAAGAGACGAGCCUAGACCUUCCCCGGCACCCGGUGCAAGCCCAGCACCCUCGGGAGCUGAGUCUGCCAAGGAUCGGCAGCCUGGGGAGCAGCUGCUCUCGCCAUCAUCCUUGCUCGAAGUGAAACCACCCUUGGAAGCACCACCAUCCUGCUCACCAGGGGGCACGUCUCAUCCCUGGGGUGGUCCUGCGUCAGUUCCAUCCUCAUCUGCGGCUACCCCUCUGGGGUCCUCAGGAGUCCAUGCUCCACCAUCAGUGGGCACUGAAGAGAUGCCGGGCACUCCCCUGGCUGCUCCUGGUGGUCCGGCCUCUCUGCCACCAGGCACACCCGUUGGCGGACCACCUGGGACUCCUGCUCCCCAGUUGCAGGCUCCCCCAACCACACCUGGACCUCCUGCACCACAACAGCAACAACCACAGCAACCACAGCAGCAGCAGCAGCCCGUGCAGCAGCAACAGCACCCUAGCUUGAAACGGCCGUGUCUUCCUGCUGUUCCUCACGAGGCUCUCCUGGAAGCCGAGGCCCCCUUGCCACUAGGAAGCAGCCUGCUGUAUGAUUACACCACCGUUUACCAACCUGCAUGGGAUGUGCCCCCAUCCAAACGACCACACAUGGGUGCUCCUCGAAGAUCGAGCCCGAACGACGCGUGGAGACUUUCUCUGCCCUGCCGGCAACCGGAGCCUAGUGGCGAUAGCAUGGCUGCUACCUCUGCGAUGCAAGUGGGGGAAGCCGGUUCUACUCCAGGUGCUCCAAGUGCAAGGGACCCAUAUGAGUUUCACGACGAGGCAGAAGAAGACCCUGCCGCUACUGCUGCCAAUGCAGCUGCUGCUCCCGGUAGCCAGCCAGCUUCUGCGCAGCAGGGUGGAACACCCAGUCAGGCUGCUACCCCGGUUGCAGUCAAGGAAGAAGAAAAGGACAGUGUGCCUAUGGAAAUAGUGGGCACAGAGCCAGCACUUUCAUCUGUAGACUCGUCGGGUGUGGCUGCCGUCCCUCUUGCUGGCAGCAUUGGAGAGCCCACCACUCCCGGAUCUCAGGGGGACUUAGCCCCAGGUGGCUCCCCUCCCACACCUCGGCACCCCGGCUUCACCCGAGUCGAAGACCUCAAGGUGACCGAGUGUGACCUGGAGAACAUCUUUGACACCUCCUCUUCGGAUGAGAGCAGCGACGACCCCUUUCAGGCUCCAUCUACACCAAGUUCCACAAGGCCUCCAGGUGCCACAGAUGAAGCCAUCACAAAGUCUAAAAACAGCACAACAGCUGGCAUUCUUGGAGCAGCAGAGUUGACACGCAUGUUUCCCACGCCACCAUCGCUGGAGCAUAAUGCUGCCCCAUCCCCAUCGUGUCCUGGCACCGGGAAUGACUUGCUGCUGGGGGACUCUGGAGAUCGAACAUUGGACCCCUAUGGCAACUGUGCAAGUCCUGGUUUUGAUGGAGCUAAGGACUGGUCGUACGUGUACAAGGCUCCCAAGGUGCAAACGUUUGUCAGCUCACAGCGGUACGCUCCACUGGCUCAGCUUCCCAGUGCAGCACUGGCACCCCUGCCUCCUCUCGAGGUUUCUUACAAGCCCUGCUGGCAGCAGCACACACCACAGCAAGCCCAGGCUCCUCCCCAGCCACCUCCCGGACCUCGCCCGCUUCCUCACUACCACCCGGCUGUACACCAACAGCAGCAACAGCAGCAGCAGCAACAUCAGCAGCAGGUGCCACCUUCGGUGCCACCACCACACCUGGUGGGCGGAGCCCCUGGCUCUGCCCAGGAGGCUGCUUUCCUCAUGCGCAUGGGCGGAGGAGGCCUGCACCACCCGGGACUCCUGGACCGCCACCCUAGUCACCACCCGAGCAUGGAAGAGCGGUCCUGCUACCCUGGUCCCAUGAUGGGCAGCCCCGGUGCGGCUAUGGGCUACGAGAUGGGCCAGGCCCCCUACCAGGCAGCACUAAUGGGAGGUUUCCCUGCUGGCCGUGGCCCUUGCUUGGGAGGUCCCCCUGAGCCCUCAACUCCCGAGGCGGAUUCCCUUCUUGUCAACCUUCUUUUGUCUGACUCCCUGCUCGAGCUGUUCCGGGACCAUAACUUCGCCAGCUGCACACUCUGCGUCUGCAAUAUGAACAUCAAGGGUGCGGAUGUUGGCGUGUACCUGCCACCAUCACUGGUCCCCACUGCAAGUGAGGAGGCCCAGUACAAGUGCACUUGUGGCUUCUCGGCUGUUGUGAACCGGCACCAGUCGCACCGAGCUGGGCUGUUUUACCAGGAUGAGCUCGACAUAACAGGACUGCCUUAUGAGGCACGGCCUGGACCAAAUGCAAGAGCCCUCUUUCAACAGCAGCAACAGCACCAGCAGCAGGCACGGCUUGGCCCAGCUGCCAGAACAGGAUUGGGCAUGUCUGCCGCUGGCCAUCUCCCUACCCCAUCUUUGUCUAAGCAGGUGGACGAGGAAGGCCUGUUGGACUAUGUGCAGAACCAGUGUCUGGGCAUGUCCUUAUCUCCGUGUUCGGUGCUGCACAAGACUUUGCAGCUGGGCUCCGAACCGCCACUGCCGCCGCUUGUGGGAGCGCGCCCCCCACCGGCCUCUCUGGCUCUGCUGCAGGCCCUGGAUGGUUGCGAGGUUGCCUCUGGGGCACUUGAGGCUGUUGCUGCUCGACCACUGGAGGAUAACCUCAAAAGUUCCUGCCUGCAUCACUGGCCUUACCUGCACUGCCCAUGUCCGGCUAGUAGUUUGAUGACGAUGGGGCUGCUGCGUGGCCUUCAGCCCUUGCUACAAGAUGCUGUACACAAGAAGCGCAACCAAGGUCUCUGGGAGGUCACGUACCGUGUGGCAGGACCUCUCACUUGGCGGCAGUUUCAUCGUCUUGCUGGCCGAGGCACCGAAGACCAGUGUGAGCCACAGCCCAUCCCAUCACUGCUGGUUGGUUAUGACCGGGACUGGCUCGCCCUCUCACCGUUUGCCCUGAAGUACUGGGACAAGCUCCUGCUAGAGCCCUACUCACCGUCACGGGACAUUGCCUACGUGGUGGUGGUGCCAGAUAGUGAAGCGGUGCUUCCGGGUGUGCGAGCUUUCUUCCAAGAUCUUAGCGCAACCUACCAGGCACUGAACCUUGGCCGCCACUGCCCGCUCUCUCGAGGAGGUCUGCGUGAGGGGCUUCUUCGUGUGUCCUGCAGCCUGUCUCUGCCAUCUAGCGAGCCACAGCAGCAGCCUUCUUCAGCUCCCGAUGAUGACUGGCUGGGCCCUCUAGCAGAGGGACCCCUUGGACCUCGGUUGAGGCUCUUCGCCCGUGCUUGCAAGCUACAGUUGGGUCCUCACCUAGCAACGCAGAGCCUAGACAGGGGCAUGCUAGAAGGGCCCCCAAUUGUAAACCGGUGUGGUGCUGAAGGCAGGGCACCUCUUGCCUCGCCACGGCCACCACCAACACCUGAGGCAGCUCAAGAAGGAAAUGCCACGCCACGACCACAUGACACAACAGAGGGCUCCCAGGAGACAUCCUCAGCAUCGGGAGCUGCAGGGACAGCUUCAGGGCCAGGAGCUACGGCAGGAAACCAGAGUGGCUCAACACCAUCAUCGAACCAAUCUGGAUCAAGUGCAGUACCAACCAGCACAGGUUCAGGGAGCGGUACCAGUUUUGGUGGUGGAGCCAGCAGCACAUCGGGAUCGACAACGGGUGCCUCGUCAGGCACCAGUGUUUCUGCACUUACAGCUGAAGAGGGCGAGGAGGAGCAGCAACCCCCAGCCCUGGUUGUGUACUUGGUGGAACCGUUCACACUGGGCUGCUCAGACCCCGAUGUUUUGCGUUCGGCCACUCUGGGGCUACACCGGUGCUUCUCCCAGCUCCUUGAGUGCCUGCCUGAGCCUCUGCAGAGCAACACCUAUGUUCAGAUUCUGAGCUUGGACUCUAUUCUGGGAGGUGCUGGCAACACAUUGGAAGGUGUGCAGAGGCAAGAGCAGCUACGGUCACAUGCCCUCUCCGUGUUUUAUCAGUGUGCACGGCUCAUCACACAUCAGUCCAACGUCAAGUCUCUCACAGGAUUUGGUCCAGCAGCUGCACAAGAUGAAUUCCUCAAGUCCCGAUCGGGUGGCGUGAGUCCAGUGAAGUUGUGGAGCCCGCCAUUUGUCCUGGCUCCGCAAAAGGACAAGCAAACAGAAUUGGGAGAGAUGUUUGGGGACCGCAGGGAGAAGUGUGGCAUUCUCUUUUGUGCGUACUGCCUGACAGAGGACCAGCGUUGGCUCCUAGCCAGUGUCAGCAAUGACAAAGGUGACCUGCUCGACAACUGCUCCAUCAACAUUGAAAUCCCCAAUCGGACACGUAGAAAAAAAGUGUGCGUUCGUCGACUUGGCCUCCACAAGCUGCUUGAGUGGCUACUAGGUGUUGCAGCGUGUGGUGCUCGUGCUGGUGGUGCAGUCGCGCAGCCGUGGCGACUCGUUGUGGGUCGGUUGGGUCGUGUUGGUCACGGUGAACUGCGUGAGUGGGCAGGACUUCUUGGCCGACGAAGUCUACUGCGCUAUUCUCGCCGGCUACGAGAACUCUGUCACCAGUGUGCUGCGUCAUCGUCGUCAUCGUCCUCUUCUGCGUGUGGUGGUGUGGGUGGUAUUGUGGGGGGUCCCUGUGUGCUGUCGGCGUGCCUGGUGUCACUGGAACCAGACAGCGCCUUGCGGCUUUUCCAUGACCAGUAUACACCGGAUGAGCGGUUCACAUCUUCGUGUGUCAGUUGCGAUCUUGCGACUCCCCAAGAUGCCACUGCCACUCACAUUCUUGUCUUCCCUACAUCUGCGACCACUCAGUCCACGCAGGCCACCUUUCAACAGGACCACAUGGACCCACUGUCGACUACACUUGGUGAUGACGAUGAGAUUUUCAAGUCACUUACAGAAGACAUUGCUGUUGGCAAUGACUUCAAUGACAUUCUGAACUGGACAGACAGCCCGGAGGCACCUUGCUCACCUACGCGAAGGUCUUCGCCACCAGGUUCCCCAGGAGGUGGAAUAUUGGGCAGUGGUCCAAGUGGGCGCCAAUCACCCUUUCAGAAUGGCAGCGCACUUCGGGGUCCUGGAAGUGGAGGUGGAGAGCCCCAGGAAGAACCCAUGCAGCUGCUGCAACAACCUUUGGCCUUGGGCUACUACGUGUCAACUGCACCCACAGGCCCUUUGCCUCGGUGGUUCUGGGCCACAAGCCCCCAUCUAAGGGAUUCAUGCCCAGUCUUCCUCAAGAGUGCCCUGCUUCUGCAUUGCCCCACCGUGCACCAGAACCACGAUGACAUUCUACAUGGAAAUACACACAUGCGCAACUACCACCCACUUGACUCAAACUUGACCACAGAUGUGCUACGGUACGUGCUGGAAGGCUACAACACGCUGUCGUGGCUCUCCCUUGACCCACACAGCCAUGACAGGCAGUCUUGCCUGCCGCUACACAUCCAAAACCUAAUGAAGCUCUACCACGCUGUGGAGGCACUGCUCUAAGAGAGCAGUCUCCUAAUUUUGUCUCAUCUAAGGCUGUGAGCGCUCUGGUGUGUGAAAAAUAAGAGACUGGUGCUGGUGCAGCUUUAUGCGGAAGUGGGCAGAUAUGGCCGGUGCAAGGAGGGAAGGUGUUUCCUUUUGUUUCUUCUCUCCCAUCCUGUGAGUGCUGCCAUCACGUCGUGUUGUUUGUUGUUGUUGUUAUGUAUCAUACCGAUGCUGCCAUCCUCAGUCCCUGAACCGGUACCUGUGCUUUUUGUUUUGACGGCUUCUUUCACCAUGUGAGCAUGCGUACAUCUUGGUUGGCACUGCGUUGUCACAGCUCUUGGAGAUGGUUUCGGAUCGCAUGAAUGCUGUUAGCUGAGCUGAAAAACUGUAACGUGAUAUUAUGCUUCUGGUUGCUGUGGGGCCAAGGCUUAAUGGCUUCUCCUCCUCUCUUUUCCGAUUUAUUUGUUUCGGUCUAUGGCAAGAGGUGCUGUUUUUGAAAAGGCACUAGUUCGUAUUAGUGUCUUUCACAAGCAUGGUAUUGGUUGACCAGCAAUACCUGUUUUAGUUUGAGAAAUACUAAAGAGCAGUGUCACAGAGAUGGGCGCUCCUUGUACAUGCACAAGGCAAUCUGUUUACUCGUACAGUGCACACUGGGUCUGUCGUAGUCAUUAGAAUCUACAUCACAAGAGAGUCCUUAUGGUAAUACAUUAUGGAAAAGCACUCUUACCUCCAAGACAGAUUUUGAAAAGCCAAAGAGAGAAGGCAACCUUAAUCUGUGGCUGCUAUUCAGAAGGCUACCAGUGCAGCGCAAACCAUGCUAUAUUAUGCAUAGGGGGGCCAUAGUCAACGAAGCAAUACCUUAUGCCCCAUUGUGACAUGCAUCCAUAUAUGUGAAAUGGUUCUGUUGCUACUCUCAGGGAAAAGUGAGUCAGCGGCAGCUGCUUCCAUUGCGAAUGGAAUGUCAUCCACAGUUGCAUAUGUUCAUUCUGACUGCAUACAUUACGGUUGUCAUCGCCACACACUUCACAGUCCAAUAUUUUGGUGGCAUUGUUUCUAUUUGUGAUUCUCUCAUCUAUGAGCACUCUGUGCUUGCUACCUAUGUUUCUUUGUUUUUUGUUUUUUUCCUUUUGCCCUCGCUCCUUCAAUGCACUUGUUUCAUACUCUUGCUGAGGAUGCAGCAUCUCCUGUACAAAUGUAAAAAAAAAAAAUGGUUUCCUGCCUCUUUUUCAAGUUUUACUGUAAGGAGGAGGGAUGUGAAAAAGCAUGUUCUUAAUUUGCUCAUUUUUAAGGCUGCCUUUUUGAACAUCAGCUACGUUGUUAAUAUAUGCACAUAAUAUAUGUACACUACCAAGAGCACCUAGGUCAGCAACAGUAGCAUGAUUUCUUGUUGCUCUCACUGGCCGAAGAAGUGUUUUGUCUGAGCCUCUCCCUCCCCCACAUUUUUUUUUUUUUUUUUGGUCUUUGUGCUCACAUAAAAGUGCAUUGUUGUGUCACUGCAUAACAUUUGCUGCCAAGAAGGAAGCUUCUUUCAGCUUAGAUAGGGCUUCUUUUUUUAUUCUCUCAAAGGUGAUGACUUGGCUGGUAGCUUCUGAAAUACUGUUUUUCGCAGAGUAUUAUGCAUUGUUUGAGUAUAAAAUGGUAUGUGGCAAAGAAUCUUUUAGCUCGAGCAAGAAGGCAUUGUGCCUGACAUUGACUGGUAAAAUGUAAAGUACUGCAGUCAAGUCAACAUAUCAGCAAGAGAAUCGCAAAAGAAAAAAUGGGAGGGAUGCUUUAGUAGCACAAGAAACCAAACAAUCUUCAUGCAUUGAGCUCAGUGCAGCAUGCUGUGCAACCAAUGAACUAUAAAUACGUUGAUUAUGGAUAUUGACAACCCAGUUCGUGAUUAAUAUUGACAAGGGCUAACAAGAUGGACGUGUGAGAAUGUGUCAGCCGUGCUGUAUAUAACAGAAUUUCUCCUUUUCCUCCCAGUACACCCCCUUCUCCUAUCAGCUCAGCUGUACAUUACUGUGUAUGUGUAUACUAUUUAAUGAAAAGGGGACAGGAAGUCGUGGUCUUUUUUGUUGUGCCUUCUUUCUUUUCCUUCUUCUGUUAAUCUAUUUAUUGUGCCUGUAAAUAACGCAGCCAUUUUGGUGAAGAGUGGGUGUUUUCCCUUUUUUUUUUUUUGUAUCUACUGUGGUUUGAAAAGCAAUGUAUCUACUUAGCCUUGUUAUAUAUUAUACAUAUUAUAAAUAUAUAAGUAUAUACAUAUAUAUAUAUAUAAAUAUAAAAAUACUAUACAUACAUAUAAAUACGAGGUACACAUGACAACCUAUUUGGGCGACAGAAGACAUCUAUGUAAAAAUAAAACAAAAACAAGGGGCUUCAUGCACACCAAGUCAGCCGGAGUGGAUGCUACGCUGCUCUUGUGGAAUGUGUACAUAGGAAGCACUAUGGCAGGCAUGUGUGUUUGUGUGUGUGCACGUGUGCAUGUGUGUGUGCGUGCAUGGGCCAGCCGUGUUGUGUAUAAAAGAAAAAAGUGUACAGCCUUAGCUCAUUUUAGAUCCUUUUUACAUGGCCCAACUGUGCUGUGCAGCGUCUUGAAUUGUACACUUUUAUGAAGAAUGUUGAUUAAAACCUUGUAACUAAGAGAA